UGUAACUAUCUACAUAGUAUACGCAACGUCACGUUGGUUUAGUAGCCCAUACCUACUUUGCUUAAGUCACAUCCACGUAGCUUACUUGUCAUAAUUGUCUCUAUACUACUAGUCUGCUACUUUAUUUCAACCAUCUACACUGUCAUUUUCAUUCGUAUACAUAACGAUAUACCUUUACAGAUAUCUAUCUAGGUAUACACUAUACAUACUCAAAAAGAAACCCAAUUACUCCCUCGUGACACCCAAUCACCUCGAUGACGGACUCUCCAAGCCAACCAUGCCCUCUUCCCGAUGGGGUCUAUGUUCCCACCGUGGCUUUCUUCAAGGAAAAUGAUGAGAUUGACCUAGAAGCCACUCAACGUCAUGCUAUCCGUCUUGCUGACGCCGGCGUUGCGGGCCUGGUUGUGCAUGGCUCGAACGGAGAAGCUGUUCACUUGAGCAGAGAAGAGCGUACCCUCGUUAUCAAGACUACACGAUCUGCUCUAGACCAGUCGGAUCACCAUCUCAUGCCGCUCAUCGCCGGCUGUGGGACACAAUCUACCCGCGAGACCAUCCAGCUCUGCCGGGAUGCCGCUAGCGCGGGUGCUAACUAUGCUAUCAUACUACCCCCGGCGUACUAUGGCGGUCUCCUCAACACAUCCAAGAUCGUCCAGCAUUUCUAUGAUGUUGCCGACUCUAGUCCGAUACCGGUUGUGAUCUACAACUACCCCGGAGCAUGCUCUGGUCUAGAUCUUUCCUCCGACACAAUUCUCCAAAUCGCUAAACACUCCAAUGUUCAAGGCGUCAAGCUCACCUGUGGAAACACGGGGAAGCUGGCUCGCAUCGUUGACGGGGCCAAGCCCGGCUUCUUUGUGGCCGGAGGCAGCGCAGACUUCAUUCUCCAGGGCCUUGUCGUAGGUGGGCACGGUACCAUCGCUGGAACUGCCAAUCUAAUACCCCGAGCCUGUGUUCGUAUCUGUGAGCUAUUCCACGCCGGUGAGCUCAAGGAAGCCAGAAGACUACAGGCGGUUGUUGCUAAGGCCGAUUGGAUCGCGAUCCAGACGGGCUUUGCGGGUGUCAAGGCUGCCUUGCAGCACUUCGAGGGAUUUGGUGGGGAACCGAGGAAGCCAUGUGGGCUGCCAAGCGACGAGCAGAUGAAAAUGAUUACAAAUGGAUUUGACGAGGUGAUAGCUUUGGAGCGGAGCUUGGCUUAGAGGGAAAUCCGGGGUUUGGGACUCCUCCCCGAAAAUCAUAAGGCUCAAUGGGACACCAAUAUGAAGUGAACCCGGGGCUUGGCGUUACGAAAUAAAACGGCGUUACUUGGCAGCUUGGAUGGAAUAGUUCAAAAUUAUCGAAAUAGAUAAGACUUCUAAAGACUUCUAAAAACGGACGUUCGUAUCGCUGUUAACCUAAUACAGAUAAGCAUUCG